AUGAUUAGAAAGCAAACUGUCACCAGAGGAGGGUCAUAUAGACCUUAUGACUCUGACAACCUGACAAAUGCAUAUUUGUCAGUUAUGCAAAGUGAGAUGUCCAUCAGGAAAGCUUCCAGAUUUUUUGGUGUUCCUUACACUACGUUGAAUGACAGGGUAGCAGGCAGAGUUGAUGUUGAUGUUAUAAAGUCUGGAACAUCUCCACUCUUUUCACAGGAGCAGGAGGCACUAUUAUCAGGACAUUUGAAGACAAUGUCUGAAAUAGGAUAUGGUUAUAGUAGGCAGGAAACAAUGAACUUGGCCACAGACUAUGCCAUCCACCUUGGAUUAAGAGGUAAAGAACAAAAACCUCUGACUGAUAAGUGGCUCUUCAAAUUCCUUGGCCGCUGGCCAGAGCUCAAAUUAAAGAAACCUCGUGCCCUUGAAAUAGCACGUGCUAAGAGUGCAACACGUAACGCUAUUGAUAAUUACUUUAAAAAUCUUAAACAAAUACUUGUUAAGUACAAUUUAUUAGAAAAUCCACAUCGUAUGUUCAAUAUAGAUGAAAAGGGUCUGUGCACUGAGCACAAACCCCCAAAGGUGGUUGCAGGGAAACAUAGAAAGACUCAGGCAGUUACAUCUAGCAAGUCCAAGAUAGUUACACUGAUUGGCUGUAUAAAUGGUGUUGGCCAGCAAGUGCCACCCUUCUUUGUUUUUCCAGGGGCUAGAAUGGUUGAUGGUCUGAUGGCAGGUGCCAGCCCUGGAGCUGCUGGAACAGUGACAGAAACUGGUUGGUCCAACACAGAUAUCUUCUGUCAGUUUAUGCAAGAUCAUCUUGUUAAGUACCUACCGGCUAGGGACAAAGAUAACCCUGUCUUAGUUUUAUAUGAUGGGCACAAGAGCCACUGCUCACUUGGACUAAUAGAAUGGGCAAAGUCUCAACACAUCAUUCUCUUUGUUUUGCCACCUCAUUGUUCACACAUACUCCAGCCUCUAGACGUAAGCUGCUUUGGGCCGUUUGAGGUAGCUUGGAAUGCGGCUUGUCAUAAGUAUAUGCGGGAGUCAGGUGGCUGCACAGUUACUAGGUAUGAUGUCUGCCACAUUGCCUGUAAAGUAUUUACAUCCACACUGACUGUGAACAACAUCACAUCAGCAUUCAGGAAGUGUGGUCUUUAUCCAUUCAAUGAUGAUGUUGUACCAGACCAUCAGAUAGCGCCAGCUACUUCAUUUUCGCAGGAGGCUAGACCAAUUCUUAGCAAACCGACAGCUGCAACAAAGUCAGCAGACAGUUUUCUCGUGGAAAAAGGUGGUCAAUUACUUAAAAAUGUUGAAACUGCAAAAAAAUCAAGAAAUACACUAAGCAAAGUAAUUGCAGGAAAACCAAUUACUGAAGAUGAUGUUGUAAAGAAACACAAAGAAAAUCAAACUUCGAAACAAAAGCCAUCUAAAUCAAAAUCUAGCAAAAUUGUAUUACAGAAACAAAAAACAAAAUCUCCUACACCUGGAACAUCAG